GUCAUCUCACCGACCUCCUCCUGGCUGAGCGGCCGGCUCUGAACGCCCUGUCCCGGGUCAGCGGAGUGGCUACACUGUCCAGGAAGGUGACAGAACAGGCCAGGAAGUCAGGAUGGCCGGGGAAGGUGACUGGGACCAGGAAGACCACGCCCGGAUUCCGCCUUCCUGAGAAAUAUGGCCUGCUGGUGGGAGGAGCUGGAACUCACCGUUGUGGGACUGGAGACCUAGUCAUGCUGAAGGACAACCAUAUAUGGGCAAUGGGCGGGAUCCAAGAGGCGGUACGCGGGGUGCACUCGGUGGCUGGUCACACUCUGAAGGUGGAGGUGGAGUGUCGGUCAGAGGAGGAGGCUCUGGUAGCCGCAGAAUCUGGAGCGGAUAUCAUCAUGCUGGAUAAUUUUACCCCAGAGUUACUCCAUCAGGCGGCGCUCGCGGUGAAGACGGUGUACCCCAGUGUGGUGGUGGAGGCCUCCGGAGGGGUGACCCCCCACAAUGUCCUGCAGUUCUUGGGACCCCAUGUGGAUGUGGUGUCCAUGGGCUGCCUGACUCAAGGAUACCCGCACAUCGACUUCUCCCUCAAGCUGACCAAAGGCCUUCAGACCCUCCCCUGUACCCCCGGAUCAGACACCUGACCCCCUGGGGGCCCUCCCGACACCUGACCCCUGGGGCCCCCCUCCCCUGUACUCCCGGAUCCGACACCUUACCCCUGGGGCUCACCUCCCCUGUACCCCCGGAUCCGACACCUGACCCCUGGGGGCCCUCCCGACACCUGACCCCUGGGCCCCCCUCCCCUGUACCCUGCACUGCUCCCCGAUAUCUGUGAUCUGCCUAUCGGGUGACCCGUCUCCAGCCGGAUACCUGGAAAUCCCGGCAGUGCGGAGUCUGGGGGAGGAGACACCGUACCGCAUGGGUGGGGAUAAUGAGCGCUGUGGGAGGGGCUUAUCCCGCUGUAUUCACAACUAAUAAAUCGUUAUACUGAACUCA